AUGGCCGGGAAGAUCGAAGAUACCUCCGAUGGCAAAAGCGUGCAACAACUCUUGCGUGAGAAGAACCAUCUCUUUCUGGGAGAUCCUUCCAAGACUAACAUGAGAGACGGCUAUAAUGGUGAAAUGGCUGUGGACCUUAUUGUUUUCGCAUCACCGACCUAUCGGGAGCCAGCAAUUUUAGUGGUAAUCGCAAAUCCAGACACAGAUAGCGAGUUGCAGAGGGUGCUCAAGUGUUUGCAAGCGAGAAAUCACGAUGUUUUCGUAGUAAAGCAGCCUGUUGAUGGCAGUGGUCUAUUUGACUCUGCAGAGUCAAUAGUUAAUAACACUCAACGUUUAGUUGGAGGAGCGCACAGCAUGCCGAAUUGCCGUUGCAGAUCUUAUUAG